AUGUUCUUAUCAAUACAUAUUUCAAUUAUUUUUAUUAUUCAUUUAAUUAAUAUUUCACAUGGUCAAUUGGUUAUAAAACCAUCCGAAUCUAUUGUAUUACGUGAUCAAUUCAAAUCAUUUGUUGCUUCAUGUACAGGACAACCAAACACUCGAGUUGCUACUUGGCGAUCUCCAUUACAAAUUGAUAUUGCAGAAGACGAUACUGCAAGAGUGACAGUCGAACGGCAGACAUAUGGAUUACGAUUACGUAUAAGAAAUUUAACGCGUACUGAUCAAGGUGUAUGGGAAUGUUUAGGAUCUGAUCAAGAUGGACGACCAUUAUCACGUACUUUACAAGUUAAUGUUAAAGUUCCAAUAACAUUUUUUGGUGAACCAGUUCAAUAUGCUGAACUAAAUUCAGCUAUUAUCAUUAAAUGUCGUGUAUUAGCAAAUCCAUCUGCUGAAGUAACAUGGUUUAAAGGUCGUGAUAAAACACGUUUGACACCAUCAAAUUACGAACGAAGUAAUGAUGGUUUAAAAAUUCUUCGAGUUUCAUUAGCAGAUAAUGAUAUAUUCUGGUGUCAAGCUGAUGUACUAGAAACAGGAGAAUCAAAAGAUUAUCCAAUUCAAGUUAUUAUAGCUCAGGGUAUAACACCACCAAGAAUUGUAUGUGCAGCACCAUGUGCUGUUGAAAAACAAACAGCUACUUUAAUUUGUGAAGCAGGUGGAAUGCCACCACCACAAUUUAUAUGGUUUUAUGGACAGGAUGUUCCAAUUGGUACAAGUGGAAUAUCGAAAUUUGUUGUUCGAGGAAAUACUUUAGUUAUUAAUUAUGUUGAUGAAACUGAUAAUGGUCGAUAUUCAUGUCAAGCAUUUAAUGAUUAUGAUCGGCGUGGACAACGAGCAGAAUAUAUGCUUAAUGUUAUUGUUCCACCUCGUCUUGCACCUAUACCACAAAUAAAAGUUAAUCUUGAUGAAAAUAGUCCACCACAACGUGCAGUUUUUACUUGUCGUGUUUUACGUGGUUCAGCAGAUAGUCUUAGUUUGGAAUGGAUUCUUACCGAUGGUACUCCUGUUCAACCAAUUAAUGGUAUUUCAAUUGAUGUUACUCAAUUAGCAUUAAAUCAUUUGAUUGAAAUACGUUUUGAUCCUGUACGUCGUGAACAUCAUGGAAAUUAUACAUGUUUAGCUAAAAAUCUAGCAGAUAUUACAUCAACUAUUGGAAAUCUUUUUGUUGAAUAUCGACCUGUAUUUAUUGGACCGAAUGCACCUGUUAUAUUUAGUGUUCCUAACUAUCGAGCAAUUAUGAAAUGUCAAUUCGAUAGUUAUCCACAGCCCACAAUUCAAUGGGUUAAAAUGAUUCGAACAGCACAAGAACCUGAUGGUGGUCAUGUACUUGUACAAGAUAAUGAUCCACAAGUAAUCGAUAUAUUAACAAGACAAAUUGGUCCAACACUUUAUGAAACACAAUUAACAUAUAAUCCAAUGGAACAAGAUUUUGGUUUAAAUUUUGAAUGUCGUGCUAUUAAUCCUCGAAUAGGACGAUAUUCAAUGAAUCUUCGACUUGCUGAACCACCACGACAAGUUCGUGUUGUUGAAGUUAAACCAAAAUCAAAUUCAAUUCAAUUAAAUAUUCAACCACCAUUAGAAUUAGGUGGUUUACCUUUACUUGAAUAUCUUAUUAAAUAUGAACAAAUUGGUAUACCGAAUUCAUUAAAAACACAAACUUUUCCAAUUGUAUCUAAUGAACCACAGAAUCUUCGUAUUGAAACUCUUCAACCAUCGUCAUUAUAUCGAAUACAAAUAGUAGCAAAAUCUCGUGCUGGAGAAGGUGCACUUUCUAUACCGUAUCAAUUGAAAACACUUGAUCGACAAGUACCACAAUUUAAAAUUCUUUCGUCAGAUAUCUCAUGUCUUGAUGAUCAAUCUUGUUUAAUUAAAUGGAUUAUUGAAUCUGAUGGUGGUUCGCCUAUUUCACGAGCUGAAAUAUCUUAUGCAAAAGUUCGAGGUAUAAAUGCUGUAGAACAAUCGAGUCCGACAAUACAACUUGAUCCAUUAACAACUGAAUUUGAAUUGAAAGGACUUCAACCAGAUACAAAUUAUUUGAUUACUAUUCGUUUAUUGAGUGAAGCUGGAGUUGGUGAACAAAAAAUUUCGAAAAAAACUAGCAAAUCACGUAUAGAUCCACGUAUAGGUCCAUCCGAUAAACGACUUGGACGUCGAUACCCAAGUAAAUGGGUUAUUAUCGGAAUUGUAUCUGGUAUUCUUUUCAUACCCAUUAUUGCUGGUAUUGUAUUUCUUAUUAUUCGAUGUUCUCCAAAGAAAAACAAUGAAAAACAGACUGAGAAACCACCUGUUCCACCCCCUCGAAGAAAAUACGACAAUAAUGAACGAUCUAGUCGAGAAGUUCAAAAACCAUUACGUGAUGAUGAUGCAUAA